AUGAACCAAUCCGGAUCUAACGUGGGCAAGCCGGUGGACUGGUUGAGUUCUCAGUACCAUUCGAUCUCCAUCCGCGAGCUCGUUGCCAAUGGCGGUCUCCACCGUUUCCUCUACCGCCGCCACUCUCUCAUCUUCUCAGUUUGACCUAUUGUCGCCCAGAAGAAAGAUUCUUGGUUCAUCCCGCAACUCAGCCCUCGUGAAGAGCUCCUUCCUACCUAGCCUGAAUCUUCUGCUCUCGUCUUCUCCUCUUAUUCGGGUUACUUCCACUAGAAAAUUUGCAUGGAGAUGUGAGGCAUCCAGAAACUACGAUCAUAUACCCAAGCAGUUCCAUGAGGGGAAUCUCAAAGAUGGAUUAAUGGAAAACUUCAAGAAUGUCCCGCACCACCUCUAUGGCCUCACAGCUUCACAAUUGGACAUGUUCAUGACUGAAGAUAACCCUGUAACACGUCAUCAGGAAAGAGUUACGGAGGAAAGCAUCUCAUCGGCUAGGAAUUACCUUGAUAACGGAGGGAUGUGGAGCCUAACAGGAGUAAAGCAAGGCCCAUCAAAGUAUAGUAUGAGUGUAAGCAUGUACCGUGGAGGAGCAAGAGGUUAUGGUAGACCUAGAACUGCCCCUCCAGACUUGCCUUCUUUGCUGCUAGAUGCUCGGAUUUGCUAUCUGGGAAUGCCUAUUGUUCCAGCAGUGACUGAGUUGAUUGUGGCACAGCUUAUGUGGUUAGACUAUGAUAGCCCCUCCAAACCUAUUUACUUGUACAUAAACUCAUCUGGAACUCAGAAUGAAAAGUUGGAGAAUGUUGGAUCUGAAACUGAAGCAUACGCAAUAGCUGAUACCAUGGCUUACUGCAAAUCCAAAGUAUAUACUGUCAACUGUGGCAUGGCAUAUGGCCAGGCGGCAAUGCUACUCUCUCUCGGUUCCAAGGGAUUUCGAGCUCUGCAACCCAAUUCUUCCACUAAAUUAUAUCUUCCAAAGGUUAACAAAUCUAGUGGAGCAGUCAUUGACAUGUGGAUUAAGGCAAAAGAGCUGGAUGCAAAUACAGACUACUACAUUGAGCUUUUAGCUAAAGGAAUUGGAAAACCAAAAGAAGAGAUUGCUAAAGACAUUCAGCGCCCAAAAUAUUUUCAAGCAUUAGAAGCCAUUGAAUAUGGAAUUGCAGACAAGAUCAUAGAUUCCAGAGAUUCUACUUUCGAGAAACGGGAUUAUGACAAGCUCUUGGCCCAAUCGAAAGCCAUGCGAAGAACAGGUGGAGGUAGUCCACAGGCAGCUCCUUCAGGAUUUAGAUAGAUGUAGGCUAUGUUUGUUAUAUAGUACUCUAGCUGUGUUUUCAAGCAUAGUAUAUACCCACUUCAGUACAUAUAGUUUGCCUGCAUGGUUUCUAUGGCUUCACCAGGCCCUAAUUUCCAGGCUAUUUACCAAAGAAUGUACCAUACGAUGUGAAGAUAUGCAUAAAAAAAAUAUGGUGGUAGUAUAUUUUGAAAGCAGUCAUGAACCAUUAUUGUAUUCAAUGAAUUGUUUUAUGGGAGAUUUACAUAUCUAUCAUUUUAUAUCAUGUUAUUUAUA